UAGACCUCUACCCUCCAUAGUGUAUUGAACCGUGCACAGGAUAUGUUAAUAGACUGCAGUAAAAACCAUUUAAUAAAUAUUUAUAAAAAAGUGCAAACAUAAUUAAUUUGUAAAUCAAUUUCCUUGAUUUUCAGGAAUCAUUAAAUAAAUCCUGGUCUGCACUGUGAGUUGUUAAAACGUAGUGAUUAUAAACUUUUUGCUGCAGAACUGUCAGCUACUGCAGAACUUAUUUUUCUUCCACAACUCGAAUAAUAUAACAAUUAAAAAUGCAAUGUAGUGUGCCUACCUGCGAAACUACUGCGGAUACUAUCUCCGAAGCCGAUGGUAUUACGUUUCAUGAAUUUCCUAACGAAGGGCAUCUCCGUAAUGCGUGGCUCAAAGCUCUUGGCAUACAAGUUUCUCCCUUACCAGACUCUGCUGUGGUAUGCUCAAUGCAUUUUCUUUAUGAUGAUAUUGAUGAAACAGAAAGUGGUUUAAAGGAAAUUCGUUCUGGUGCUAUUCCUUCAACAGUGCAGGUCUGCAUGAUGUGUCUUAAAACAAAUGGCAAGCUGUUUGAAAUGAGUAAAUACAAAUUAGAAGCAGCAUAUGAAAGAUUAAUGGGACAAUCUUUGUGUGAUCAGGGAAAGCUUAAUAAUGCACUUUGUACACAAUGUCUUCAGUUGCUAGUGAAAUUCAGUAGCUUUAGAGACAAAGCCUUGUCCACCCGUUCAAUGCUGAUGGAGUUAGGAAUUUAGUAUUGCACAUGACAGAACCCACACUGAAGAAAAGCUUUAUGCUUGAAAUUGCAUAAAAUUGCAAAUGCACAUAGAAAAGCACAGCUUAAACAUGGGAAAUUAUGCUGGUGAGGAAAUAGCCUUGGCAACUUUGGCAAUGUGUUGCCACCCCAAACCCGUCGUUCCUCUGGCUUGCUCCCUUCCUUGCCUUGACAAGCCUUUCGGAAUCGGGCCGCAAGAGUUUUAAUCAAUCAAGGUGUACUUGUCCAACGAAAAAAUCCAUUUAAGAAAUACACUUCUUUCAGGACGGUCAUAUUGGUGCUGCAUCUCUACACCCUUUGUGGUGGGCUAUUCGAACGCCAGGGACCCUGUAAUCCUUGGGCUACCUGGGCGGCGUGAAAAGGCACUGUCUUGGUUCUCAAUUGGUGUAAAAGCGACUAGAUCCCUAAAUGCCCAACGUUAGCUUAUUUAGGUUGCCCUGUCUUUCUUUUUAAGGCACGACAUAUCCAUCGCAAAUUCCCAGUCUGAAAUACCACAUGCCAUUGCUCAGGUACUGCUGCAGUAUAUUUUUCUGUUUAUGGUGUUGUGUGAAAUUAUUUAUGUUGGUUUUUUUUAACUUGAAAUUCAACUAUCACACAAAAAACAAAUUUCUUACUAGGUUCCACUUAAUUAUUGAAUAAAAUCAAUGUAUCCUCAUAUGUUUAGAAUUGAAUUGAUUUAUAAUUACAAAAAAAUGCAUGCACAUGCACUGUUAGCAUGUGCAUGUUUUACUUUGUUGAAAAUAAAAAUACAUUGGAAUUC